AAUCAAAUCUCUCAGCUACAUACCUCUAAAAUGAGUGUGUCUGAGGAGAGAGAUGAGGAGGCAUUUGUUCUCACUCAGAGAAGAGCAGCAUCUCCAGGAUCCAGCUGUGUGUCCAUGAAGAGUAACAACUCCAUGUCUCUGCCCCCUAAUCUCAGUGAUGGACCAUCUUCAGGAUUCAGCUGUGUGUCCAUGAAGAGUAACAACUCCAUGUCUCUGCCCCCUGGUCUCAGUGAUGGACCAUCUUCAGGAUUCAGCUGUGUGUCCAUGAAGAGUAACAACUCCAUGUCUCUGCCCCCUAAUCUCAGUGAUGGACCAUCUUCAGGAUUCAGCUGUGUGUCCAUGAAGAGUAACAACUCCAUGUCUCUGCCCCCUGGUCUCAGUGAUGGACCAUCUUCAGGAUUCAGCUGUGUGUCCAUGAAGAGUAACAACUCCAUGUCUCUGCCCCCUAAUCUCAGUGAUGGACCAUCUUCAGGAUUCAGCUGUGUGUCCAUGAAGAGUAACAACUCCAUGUCUCUGCCCCCUAAUCUCAGUGAUGGACCAUCUUCAGGAUCCAGCUGUGUGUCCAUGAAGAGUAACAACUCCAUGUCUCUGCCCCCUAAUCUCAGUGAUGGACCAUCUUCAGGAUUCAGCUGUGUGUCCAUGAAGAGUAACAACUCCAUGUCUCUGCCCCCUGGUCUCAGUGAUGGACCAUCUUCAGGAUUCAGCUGUGUGUCCAUGAAGAGUAACAACUCCAUGUCUCUGCCCCCUGGUCUCAAUGAUGGACCGGCUGUGACCUCUGACCCUGCUAUCAUCAGCAGGAAGAGAAAGAUAGCAGCAUCUCCAGUAUCCAGAUGUGUGUCUAUGAAGAGUAACGGACACAUGAUUCACCCCACUGAUCUCUGGAAUGAAGCCGUGCCCUUCGACCAUGUCCAUGUUGGUGAGAGAUCUGACCGGAUCAGAGAUGUGUCCUGUCAGACCAGCUCAUCCUCCUCCUGUCAGAAACACAUCAGUCAUCAUGACACAGAAGCAGCCCUGCAGCUCGAUUCUCACCAACCAGUGCAUGAUGAUCUUCAGAGAGUCAAAGACCAGCACAAAACCAGCAUGAAGAACAGAUAUGAGAGCGUAUUUGAGGGAAUCAAACUACAAGAGAAUCAGACUCUCCUGAACAGGAUUUACACACAGCUGUACAUCAUAGAGGGAGAGAGUGAAGGAGUGAAUGAAGAACAUGAGGUGCUACAGAUGGAGAAAAGUUACAAGACCCUCCAAGACACUCCAAUCAACUGCAACGACAUCUUUGAUCCUUCACCUGAACCAGGAUAUGAGGAGAAGAGAAGAGGGAAGAAAGACAAAAUCAAGACUGUUCUUACUAAAGGCAUCGCUGGAAUCGGGAAAACCGUCUCUGUGCAGAAGUUCAUUCUGGACUGGGCCGAGGGAAAAGCCAAUCAGGAUGUAGAUUUCAUGUUUGUGCUUCCAUUUAGAGAGCUGAACUUGAUUAAAGAUCAUCAGUACAGUCUUCACAGACUUCUGCUGGACUUUUAUCCUGAACUUCAAGAUCUGGACUCAGAGAUGUAUGAUGAAUGUAGAGUUGUGUUGAUCUUUGAUGGUCUGGAUGAAAGCAGAUUGACACUGAUGUUUUCAGACAGUGAGAAAGUUUCUGAUGUGACUGAGUCUUCAUCUGUGGGUGUGUUGAUGUCAAAUCUCAUGAAAGGAGAUCUGGUUCCCUCAGCUCUCAUCUGGAUCACCACCAGACCAGCAGCAGCCAAUCAGAUCCCCUCCAAAUACAUCAACCGUGUGACAGAAAUUCAGGGAUUCAAUGAGCCUCAGAAGGAGGAAUAUUUCAGGAAGAGAAUCAGUGAUGAGUAUCAAGCCAGCAGAAUCAUCUCUCACAUCAGAAGAGCAAGAAGCCUCCACAUCAUGUGUCACAUACCCGUCUUCUGCUGGAUCUCAGCCACUGUGCUUCAAAACAUCCUGAAACAAGAUCUCAGUGCAGAAAUCCCUCAAACUCUGACUGAAAUGUACAUACACUUCCUCCUCAUUCAAACUCAUAUGAGGAACCAGAAGUAUGAAGAGAGAGAUCCAGAGAAACUCCUGCAGUCCAACAGAGACGUGAUUGUGAAACUUGCUGAACUGGCUUUCAAUCAGCUGAUGAAGGGCAAUGUGAUGUUCUAUGAGGAGGACCUGAUUGAGAGCGGCAUAGAUGUCACUGACGCCUCAGUGUAUUCUGGGAUUUGCACUGAGAUCUUUAGGGAGGAAUCUGUGAUUUAUCACAGGAAGGUUUACAGCUUUGUACAUCUCAGCUUUCAGGAGUUUUUUGCAGCACUGUAUGUGUUUUUCUGCUAUUUACACAAAAAGAGUGAAGUUAUGAAAGAGUUCCUCACUGGAAAGUUCAGAAAACAGUGUGAGAAUGUUCCUCUGGAUGUGUUUCUGAAGGAUGUAAUGAAUAAAGCCUUGAAGAGUAAAAAUGGACACCUGGAUCUUUUACUUCGAUUCCUUCAUGGCAUCUCACUGGAGUGCAACCAGAGACUCUUACAGGAUGUGCUGAUUCACACAGAGAACAACCCAGAGAGCAUCAAGAAAAUAAUCAAAAACCUCAAACGAGGUCAAAAAAACAAUGUCAGUCCUGAAAGAUGGAUGAAUCUGUCACACUGCUUGAUUGAGAUGAAGGAUCAUUCUGUUCUUGAAGAAAUGCAGGCAUUUUUAAACUCUGAAACAAAAAGAAAAAGUCUCUCUCUUGCACAAUGCUCAACAUUGACGAACAUGAUCCUGAUGUCGGAGGAGGUGAUGGAUGAGUUAGACUUCUUGAAGUACAACAUCAAAUCAAAAGAGGGUAAACGGCGACUGGUACCUGCUGUGAGGAACUGCAGAAAAGCUCUAUUUACAGCCUGUAAUCUCACUGAUCAGCACUGUGAAAGUGUGGCUUCAGCUCUACAAUCCCCAAACUCCCCCCUGAGAGAGCUGGACCUGAGUUACAAUCACCUGCAUGAUUCAGGAGUGAAGCUGCUCUGUACGGGACUGAAGAGUCCAAACUGUCAACUCAACAUACUGAGAUUAUCUGGCUGUAUGGUGACAGAGGAAGGUUGUGCUGCUCUGGCAUCAGCUCUGAGUUCAAACCCUUCACACCUGAGAGAGCUGGACCUGAGCUACAAUCACCCAGGAGAUUCAGGAGUGAAGCUGCUCUCUGAUACACUCAAACAUCUGGACAAACUCAGGUAUGUUGAUCAUGUCUGCUGUGUGUAUGAGAAUGGUGGCAUUUCAUUGAUUUUGUUAUUGUCGAGCAUUCAAGUGCAGAUAGGAUAUUUAUUAAAUAAAUAAACAAACCAAAACUCC